UCCACUCCCCCUCAUGACCAUGUUGCUCGCUCCCUCCUGAGAGCAGUGAACAAAGCUGCAUCAGCGAGGAGAUGGAGGGGGAUACAAAACCCAUUUUUCUAGCCGUCAGAUUUUCCUUUAUAGAUGCAAUGAAAAUAUUAACACAGUGAGUGAUGAAUUAAAAAUGAGACAUACCGUUGUAAUAGGAGAGUUGUAGGGAAGAUAAGAAAACAUUGAGUUACAGUAAAGCUGGACCGUUUGAUUCAGAUUCUCUCAGUCUGCCUUAGAGUGCGACUUCCCCUUUUCAAAUGCAGCUCCUCAAUAAUUAAUUACAUCGCCCACAGAUCAGUAGUUGCGUGAUUUAUUCAUCAUAACGCAAGGCGUGGAUGACUCAUUGUUUAGUUUAUAGUACUGUAUGCAUUUCAGUGUAUGGUACUGUUUGUAUCGGAGGCAAUAUGUGUACAUUGCAGUCAGUAUGUCUUUGUGUAGGCAUUGAAAGGGGGAAGUGUCUGGUGUGUUUGUGCAUGUGUUUGGAGCAGGCUGUGCCUGUUUGAUUUGCCGGCUCCGUCAUUCUUAUUUUCAUGUUAAGAGACAGAAGCAGGGGCUAUGGCAGCUCUUAUACAGACGUAGAGAUGGUGUGGUGCGCUGUGACAAAACAAGAGGUGGAGUCUUGCAGCCCUCCCAUUCAUUUUAUGCAAAUGAAGAGGCUCCUGCUGGCACCCGAUUGGCCAAAGUGUUCCAGAGCCAUGCUAUUGGAGAGUGCCGUGUUGAUCUUUGCCGUGUGUGUGUGUGUGUGUGUGUGUGUGCCGAGAAGGCGCCUACACUUGUGAAUAUGAGGGAGGAGAAUGUAGGCAUGUGAGGCGCAGAUAAAGAGAGGGAGAGAGAGAAGGGGGGAGAACGAACAAGUCUCAGCGCAUAGCUUAGGCUCAAAAUACCACACAAGCCAAACACCUCCCACCGAAAUCUCUGGUCUCUUGAGCCCGACAAGAAGAGCAAGUCACAGUGGAAAGAGGGGAGACCGAGAAGGCAGCAUCAGCAGAGCACAAGAGAAGGAGGUGCCUUUUGCAUCCAAGUCAUAAACACGGACAGUUGCUCGAUAUUCCACGAGCAGAUGAAGAGCAGGGGGUGAGUGCCACUCCAGCCACACGCUUUCUGCUCCUCCCUGCAUGUGUGUGGGUAUCCUUUUGUGUUCCUCACAAACUUGGGCUUGGAGGCUACAAUUGCAGUUGGCUGAUGCAUCAAAGGAGCCAAAAGCUGGACUGAGGAGAGCAGAGGAUCGCCAAACUGGAGGAAAGAUGGACUAAGAUGGAGUUCAUUUAUUCUGCACCUGCUUGUGUGUGUGCAGAGUGUGCACCACUGUGGUGUUGAGAACGUGGCCCGCAUGAUCUGCUCCCUGGGCUAGUCGUUGGCUCUGAUCCUUACUCUGCACGCACAGUAUGGAAGGAAUCUGCCCAUUCUGGUCUGAGCACGGCUGUGGACUUGGCUCUGGGCUUUGACACAGGGUUGUUACUCGUUCCAUAGCUCACUCAGCUCAGAGGACUGAACACUUGAGACCUAGACUUACGCUCAUGGAGAAGCCUCAAGUGCUGAGAGACAUUUAAUUGAAAACAACCUGCAGGCAACGACAUUGCAAAAAAAUAACUUUUUCAACAAUAAAAAGAAAUAUUGCGUAAGGAAAGUGUGACUAAUUUGGAUUUUGUGAUUGAGUUUUAGAAGACUGGAUGAACCAAUAUGGAAACGCUGCUGGUUGUGUCUCAAAUUGGCUCCACAGAUUUUUACCGGUAAUUGUAUUCAAUAAAGGGGCUGUUUGUCAGGGCACUACAUCUCACAUCCAGCAAAUCCCCUGGAGGCCGUCAUUGCCAUCAUUAAUGCAUACUGUGCUGCGUGUGACUUAUGCAAGCAGCAAGGCUUUGCAUUUAAGGCAGCCGUUAGAGCGCGCGACAAGGAUGGACCGAGUGACUGGCAGCCUGCCUAUCGUCUUCCAGAGCUGAUUACGGGGCUGGCCGCUUGGAAAGGAAGAGUGUUGAUAAAAGCUUGCGGAACUGGUGGGUGGGGGUUACGUGUGCCUGUGUUCUGAAUGGAUGAAUGAGGUGAGCUGAGUUUUUUUUUUUCCUGGAGGAAGGGGAGGGCAAGCUCAGGGACACACAUGUGUACCAAACGGAUCCUCAUCAGCACAGAGACGAGAGGAGUGAGAGGAGGCAACAACACAGACAGGCGGUAGAGCCAAAGGGCCAGGAUCUCUUGCUUAAGAUAUUGGGAUAGUAAAAGCAGAGUGGACCGACAACAAGACAGCUUUUCAUCCAAAUCACCCAGCUGUGUUUCUCUAGUGCAUGCUGUGUCUGCUGUUGAGAAGAACGUAAUCCUUCAUUCCUUAUCAAACAUUUUUUUUAAUCUUUGGAAGUCUUACACCAAAGAAGCAAACUGGAUAAAAUUCUUUCUGGAGAGAAGGAAGCCUUUUUGGACAUUUGUGAUGGUUUAAGUAACUUCCAUCGUGGUGUUUUGGCCGACCAUCAACAAGUAAACCACAAAAAGACGUUAUUUGCAGCACUCUAUUAUGUGGUGUGAAAUGUGCCUACUUUGAUACAGGCUGCUAGCCCACAUAGCAAACUUAUAACUAAGAGCCUGGAACAUGUUUGGAAACCACCUGGUUCCAUUCUGUAUGCAUGAGCCAGCAGUUGGGGGGAGCUCGCCGUCACAUCGACUCACCCAAUAGAUCACAUUUGGGACUGUGGAUACACCAGCUCUUUAGGUACCUUCUGACCGUUCAUGGCCGCACCGUAUGUAGCCAGCGACUACCACUUCUGUGGGUGAGCGGACCAGUGCCUGCGUCGGUCGGUGCGUCCUUACUCACAGCCAGAGGGGCUGCGUUUGUCCUCCGGAGAGGUGGUCCAGCCUAACUGUCGUUGAGCCAAACUUAAGAAAGAGACAAGGAGCGAUCAUGGACGACUCCAGCAUCUUACGGAGAAGAGGCCUUCAGAAGGAAUUGAGUCUACCAAGAAGAGGCAGUUUAAUCUGGCCGACCGCGCAGCUCCGCUGCCAUGGUAACAGCAGUCUCCUCCAGCAGCUGUUGUCGCCCGCCUCCCCCCCUCCCUCUCGCAGGGCACGAGAGGAGCCGGCAUCCGCCCCAGUGCUGCUGGGACUGGCACACGGGGCCAACCCCUUCCCUUGGAGCUGUCGCACAAGCAACCGGAAGAGUCUGAUCGUGACCUCCAGUACCUCACCCACUCUACCCAGACCCCACUCACCACUGCACGGCCAUCCAGGCAGCAGCCCAUUGGACAGUCCACGCAAUUUCUCUCCGAGCACUGCGGCCCACUUCUCUUUUGUCCCUGCACGCAGUCACGGACACAGGGCAGACAGAACGGAUGGCCGGCGUUGGUCUCUGGCUUCUUUACCCUCUUCAGGGUACGGUACCAACACACCCAGCUCCACCGUCUCGUCAUCAUGUUCAUCCCAGGAGAAGCUGCACCAGCUGCCCUUCCAGCCCACGCCUGACGAGCUGCACUUCCUCACCAAGCACUUCAGCUCCGAGAGCAUCACGGACGAGGAGGGACGCCGCUCGCCCGCCAUGCGCCCACGCUCACGCAGCCUCAGCCCGGGGCGCUCCCCUAUCUCCUUUGACCAUGAGAUAGUCAUGAUGAACCAUGUCUACAAGGAGCGCUUCCCAAAGGCCACGGCUCAGAUGGAGGAGCGGCUGGCGGUGUUCAUGGCCUCCAACGCGCCCGACAAGGUGAUGCCGCUGGCCGACGGCGUGCUGAGCUUCAUCCACCACCAGCUGAUCGAGCUGUCGCGAGACUGCCUGGACAAGUCCCGAGAGGGCCUCAUCACCUCCCGCUACUUCUACGAGCUCCAGGAGAAUCUGGAGAAGCUGCUUCAAGAUGCCCAUGAGAGGUCGGAGAGUGAGGAGGUGGCGUUUGUCACGCAGCUGGUGAAGAAGCUGAUGAUCGUGAUCGCCCGACCCGCCCGGCUGCUGGAGUGUCUGGAGUUUGAUCCGGAGGAGUUCUACCACCUGCUGGAGGCCGCGGAGGGCCAUGCCAAAGAGGGCCAGGGCAUCAAGACCGACAUCCCCCGCUACAUCAUCAGCCAGCUGGGCCUCACCAGGGACCCCCUGGAGGAAAUGGCCCAGCUCAGCAGCUAUGACAGCGGCCACCCUGACACUCCAGAGACAGAGGAAUCCACAGACGGUCGCGGUGCUACUGUCCAGCCAGCCUCAGCCCCCGCUCCUCCUCAGCAGAAAACCAAAACUCCUCGAGAGGAGGACUUUGAAAACAUCAAGCUGAUCAGCAAUGGUGCCUAUGGUGCGGUCUUCUUGGUGAGGCACAAAGAGACACGUCAGCGUUUCGCCAUGAAGAAGAUCAACAAACAGAACCUCAUCCUGAGGAACCAGAUCCAGCAGGCCUUUGUGGAGCGAGACAUCCUCACCUUUGCAGAGAACCCCUUCGUGGUCAGCAUGUUCUGCUCCUUCGAGACACGCCGACAUCUCUGCAUGGUCAUGGAGUACGUGGAAGGUGGUGACUGUGCUACUCUGCUGAAGCACAUUGGUGCGUUGCCCGUGGAUAUGGCACGCAUGUACUUUGCUGAGACGGUGCUGGCCCUGGAGUAUCUCCAUAACUACGGCAUUGUUCAUCGAGACCUCAAACCAGACAAUCUACUCAUCACCUCGCUGGGACAUAUCAAACUGACUGAUUUUGGAUUGUCUAAAAUUGGUCUGAUGAGUCUCACCACCAAUCUCUACGAAGGGCACAUAGAGAAAGACACUCGUGAAUUUCUUGACAAACAGGUGUGUGGCACUCCAGAGUACAUUGCCCCAGAGGUGAUCCUGCGUCAGGGCUACGGCAAGCCGGUGGACUGGUGGGCAAUGGGAGUCAUCCUCUACGAGUUCCUGGUGGGCUGUGCACCUUUUUUCGGUGACACGCCUGAGGAAUUAUUUGGACAAGUUAUCAGCGAUGAGAUCAUCUGGCCUGAGGAGGACGAGGCUCUCCCUGCUGAAGCUCAGGAUCUCAUCUGCAAGCUGCUCCGCCAGAGCCCCCUGGAGAGGCUCGGCACAGGGAGUGCGUAUGAAGUGAAGCAGCAUCGUUUCUUCACCGAUCUGGACUGGAACAGCCUCCUCAGGCAGAAGGCCGAAUUCAUCCCACAACUGGAACAUGAGGACGACACCAGCUACUUCGACACUCGCUCGGACCGCUACCACCACGUGGACUCUGAGGAAGAGGAGGACACCAACGAUGAGGAGCACGUGGAGAUCCGGCAGUUCUCCUCCUGCUCCCCUCGCUUCAGCAAGGUGUACAGCAGUAUGGAGCGGCUGUCCCUGCACGAGGAGAAGCGGACGCCUCCCCCCACCAAGCGCAGCCUGAGUGAGGAGGGAGGGGAGCGGCUGGACAGCCUGGGGGGUCUCAAGACCAGGGACCGAAGCUGGAUGGUGGGAUCCCCGGAGAUCCUGCGUAAGCGUCUGUCCGUGUCCGAGUCCUCCCACACGGAGAGCGACUCUAGCCCUCCCCUGACGGUGCGCCGACGCUGCUGCUCGGCCAUCAUCGAGAUGCCGCGCUUCGCCAUCUCCGGCGAGGAGGAGGACGGGGCCUCCAGCGGGGGUUCGGGAGGACGCAAGACGCCGGUGAGGGGCCCGCGCUCCGAGGACCUGCCCCUGUCCAUCCCCGAGCUGCCCGUGGAGAGAGAGCUGAAGCUGGACGAGUCGCCCACCACACCGGGGUCCACCUCCAGCCAGCAGAGCCGGGCCACGCUCACACCGGGCAGCUCAGGUGACGUGUGUGAUCGUGCCGCCCCUCGGCCCUCCUCCUUCUCGGCCGCUGCUGGUGUGUCGGAGGCGGCUGGUGCCGUGUCAGACAGCUCCUCCUCCUCCUCCACCCCCAAAGCCAUCAGCGACCUGGCAGCCCGCCGCGCACGCCACCGCCUGCUCUCCGGAGACGCCGACAGCAAGCAGCACACCUCGCGACCCCUCAACAAGGUCAUCAAGUCGGCCUCCGCCACCACCCUCUCACUCAUGAUCCCUGCAGACCACCACGGUGCGUCCCCCCUGGCCAGCCCCAUGUCUCCCCACUCGCUCUCCUCCAACCCCUCGUCCCGCGACUCCUCCCCCAGCCGCGACCUGAGCCCGGCCAUCUGCCCCGCCAAGCCGGCCAUCAUCAUCCACCGCGCCGGCAAGAAGUACGGCUUCACCCUGCGCGCCAUCCGCGUCUACAUGGGCGACUCGGACAUCUACACUGUCCACCACAUGGUCUGGCAUGUUGAGGAGGGAGGUCCAGCUCACGAGGCGGGCCUGAGGCAGGGAGAUCUCAUCACACACGUCAACGGAGAGCCCGUCCACGGCCUCGUCCACACCGAGGUGGUGGAGAUCAUUCUCAAGAGUGGCAGCAAGGUGUCUAUCUCCGCCACCCCCUUCGAGAACACCUCCAUUAAGGUGGGCCCAGCACGCAAGACCACCACCAAGUCCAAAAUGGCACGCAGAAACAAGAGGACCAAGACCAAGGAGGGCACAGACAGCAAGAAGAGGACGUCCCUGUUUCGUAAGAUCACCAAGCAGGCGUCUCUGCUGCACACCAGCCGCAGUCUGUCCUCCCUGAACCGCUCCGUUUCCUCUGGGGAGAGUGUGCCGGGCUCCCCCACACACAACCUCUCACCACGCUCCCCAACGCAGGGCUACCGCUCCACGCCAGACUCCACUCACUCAGUGGGCGGCACCUCGUCCCAGAGCAGCUCCCCCAGCUCCAGCGUUCCCAACUCCCCCGCCAGCUCGGGCCAGAUCCGGCCCAGCUCCCUGCACGGCCUGGCCCCCAAGCUGCAGCGCCAGUACCGCUCGCCCCGCCGCAAGUCGGCCGGCAACAUCCCACUCUCGCCGCUGGCCCGCACGCCCUCCCCCACGCCCCAAGGCGGCGGCGGUGGCGGUGGCAGCACCUCUCCGCAGCGCUCGCCCUCCCCCCUCUCCGCCCACGCCCACCUGGUGGCCCAGGCCUCCUUCCCCGUCAAGCUGCACUCCUCGCCCCCGCUGCUGCGACACAUCGCCCGGCCCAAGAGCGCCGACCCGCCCCGCUCGCCGCUCCUCAAGCGCGUCCAGUCGGCCGAGAAGCUGGCCUCCUCCCUGACCUCCUCCUCAUCCUCCCCGCUCUGCUCCUCCCCUGUCGCCUCCUCCUCUUCCUCCUCCUCCUCCUCUUCGGCCUCGGCAGGAGCCGCCCCCUCCUCCUGCUCCUCCUCAUCUGCAAGCCGCAGCCACGCCGACUUCAAGAAGGAGCUGCUGCAUCGCGGCGAGCCCGCUCUCCAGAGCCUGCAGGAGGGCCGCGCCAUGGCCAUGGCCGCCGCCGAGAAGGCCGGCCUGCACGGCAAGCACUCGGCGCGCAAGCUGGGCCGCCAGGAGGUGACGGACGGCCCCGGAGCCCUGGGGCUGGGCCUGGGCCUGGUGGCGCACGGCAAGAGCAAGCUGAAGGACAAGCUGUCGGCCAUCAGGCAGGACCGGGCCGAGCGCCGCGAGUCCCUGCAGAAGCAGGACGCCAUCCGCGAGGUGGACUCCUCGGAGGACGAGACGGACGAGGGCUCGGAGGACAGCCAGGAGGGCGGCGGCGGCGGGCGACGCCAGACCACCACCUACGUCACCCCCAGCACGGCCCUGCUGCGGCCCGCCUCUGUCUCCUCCGCGGCAGCUCUCAGACUGACCACUCCCAGCACCUCAGUGCCAGCCACGCUGGGCACCGCUGGCACACACCCGGCGUUAAGCAGGAGCAGCAGUAGCCCAGCAGCCCAGACCAGCACGCUAGCAUCAGACCGAAGAGCCUCCCCAUCCCCAUACCCAUCUCCAUCUCCAUCGCUGGCGUCGGGCUCCUCCACCUGCGCCCCAUCCAAACCAGAGGAUGCUGGGAGAUCGGGCCAAACAGCCGGGGCCUCUGGGACCCCUUCAGCUCCCAGCCCUCCUCCUCCUCCUCCCCCACAAAGCAGCUUCUCCACGCCCGGCUCUGCCUUCACCUCCCUGGCCAGGGACCCCUUCCUGAGGCCCUUGGACCCGCGGCCCAGAUCCAGCCCCACCCUGCCCAGAUCCAGCCCCACCCUGCCCAGGGCCGCCACCACCAUCACACCUCCUCCACAGACACCCUCCUCCCCCACCAUCACCAAGGAGAUGAAGGAGGCCGACAACCGUCGCCAGGCCCUGAGAGUGGCCGCCGUAUCGGAGAGCGGCGUGGACAGGAUGGUGUCCCAGCUGGCCACGGUGGCCAAGAGCGUGCUGGGGCCCGUCAAGCUGAGCAUGCCCGGAGCCAGCUCCAGGGACAGCAGCAGCAGCAGCAGCAGUGGAGGCUCCACGACCUCCGACGCCAAGAGCAAAGAGUCAAAGCCAGAGUCACCGGCCACCACAACAACAACAACUGCCACCGCCUCCUCCGCACCCUCCUCCUCUAGCCCUGGGGCCCACUCUCUCUUGCCCGGCAGCAGCAGCAGCAGCAGAGCGACUGGUUUCAGAGGCGAUGCGGCCUCGGCCCAGAGUCUGGAUGCUGCGGGAGACAGGAAGAGGCCGUCGCCCCCCAGACAUGGCAGCGUGGCGGCUGGGGAAGAGAGUCAGGACAGGCCGGGCUCUGGCUCUGGUGCUGGCUCUGCAGCGGGACGCAGUGGGCCACCAGUGAAGCCCAGAGGGCUGGAGGCCAAAGGUACCGCCACCACCACCACCACGCAAGACAAAGCCAAGAAGACAUAGCAGACAAGACGAGCCUACAUGUGCACAAGCAUGCAUACAUACAUAUAUAUACUCCAAACACAUUCGAAUUCACACACACACACACACACACACACACACACACACACACACACACACACACACACACACACACACACACACACACACACACACACACACACACAAGACUGUCAAGGACUUUUUACAUUUGAGUGCAUGUUGGAACCCAACAUUACAGACUUUAACCAUACACUAAUCUGAAAAAUAAGGUUGCAGACAGAAAAAUAAAACACAAAAGCUUCAUUCCAAGUCCAGUUCUGUUUAUAACCCUGUUUGAAUGAAUUCUUCUGUGUCAUUUUUUUGUUUUUCUCUUGCUGUUUUUGUUUUUAAUUAGACGUUUUGCUAUUUUGUCUGGUCUUUGUACAAACAAAUGGGGCUAGAAAAAGGUAGAAAGUAGUUGGUUGUAUUAUAAUCAGACAUGAACAUACACACAUUUACUCUUCAACUAUAGAGACACAAUCUGAGGCCGUCCCCCCACCACCCCCCUCCAUCGAAGAUCUGAUUGUGCCUUAAAGAAAAAAAACAAUGUUGCUGUUCAUCUGCAUGUUAACCCUACCUGUGAGAGCUGUAGGAGGCUAAAGGAUGUAUCGCAGCAAUAAAGUAGCGUAUGCUUAGCAAUUUGUACAAACACAUCUCAUGGUCCCCCAUCUGCCACAUUGCAAACAGAUGCCUAUCUCAGCAUCGUCUCGGACUCGCUGACAAUGACAGUCGAGGGCUUUUUGUGUACUGUACAUAAGCUUGUCAAUGGUGCGUCACCCGUUUUCCUUAAAUGGCCCCAUCCACCAUCCCCUCCCUCUGCUCUACUUUCCUCUUUGAUCACUUAGUGUCUGUAUGCCAAUAUGAAUGUCUACUGGUAACAUCUUAGGAUAGUUCAGCCGUAUUUGCAGCAUGACAAAAAAAAAAACAAUACCUCUUCAUUGUCCACCAUGUCGACUUUACUGCAAAGUGUGGAUUGUUUGUCUUAGAUUUUCAAUAAUCGAAUUUGCCAAUGUUGCACAUAAAGAUUUCAAUGUGAAGGCUGUGCUUUAAAAAAAAAGAAUCACUCUAUUUCAUUUAGAAACAUGUAUUUGUGAUCUUUUUGCUUAAUAAACAAAGUAGGGAAAAAAAGAAUCACUACAGUAGCAUACCGGUAGUCAUAUGUGAAUAAGCAUGUGAAUAAGCGUACUGCACCAAGCGCACCUCUGAUAUAGUUAACAAGUCUCCUCAUACACCUAGUCUAGUGGUAACAACGUGACCACAUUAUUGCAAAAAUAUAAUGGACGCCGCAGAACACACUUUGUAGGAAUGAGUAAAUGUGUGUGGCUGGCAAGUCCAUGGACGUCUGACAUUCCAAUUUCCCUAAUCACUCUGCUGCUUGCCUGUCAGACUUGAUAAAUGACUCAACUCCAUGAGGCUCAGACUCGAGACAUCUCAACCCCGCAGGCCUUUCCUCAGCCAAAAAUACAGUCGCAAUACGGGAGCUAACUGGAAAGAAUAAAGCCACUUUUUUUUGUCGCAGCUCUCAACACAUACAUGCACACAUUUAGAUACUUUGUCUCAUACUAGUUUCAGUGUGGACACUCGACUUCAUUUCUAGCCCCUUUUUAAUUAGCUUUUUUUCCCCCCCCGCUGUUUUGUUAGUUUUCUUUCUUUGCUUUUAUUCACAACAAAAUCAACCCAGUGAUUUUUAACUCUGGACCAAUUUGCUGUGUUUUAACUGUGUCUACGUCCGUGGCCUCUACGUGUCAUAUGGUGACCUAGCUAAAUGCUAGGUGUGUAUGAAAUGAAAUGGGUUGUGCGUGUGUGUGUGUGUGUGUGUAUUGUACAUAGGUGAGUGCGCCAAAAUGUGUGUAUAUAAAUGAAUAUUUAAAAUGUUUUUUUUCUUUCUGUUUUAUACGCUGCAGUAUUGGAAGUGUGUGUCUGUAAUGUAGUUUAGUGUCUGUGUAAGUGUUGCACCUGUGCUGUCCAGUCUAGUUCUGGCCUUUGUUGAAAUGCUGGACAAGUGGACAGCUUUGCACAAAAUAAGCAACCCACUACUUUUUUUUUUACUUAUGUCUGUGUGAGUGUGUGUGUGUUCUGUCCCUUCCAAGUGAACCAAUAAAUUGGCCAAUGAGAUCCUAUCUUUGCGAGGUGUUGACCAAUCCAGA